AUGAUGGAGAAUAAAGUUAGAUCAAGACUUUCAACAACUUCAUCAUCAUCACCAACAACAACAACUACUUCAUCAUCAUCAUCACCUACAACAUCAAGAUUAUUAUCACCUGCAACUAAAAUAGAUACUUCACCAAUUGAUUUUGAUAAUGAAAAAGAAUUAUUUAAACAAAUAGAAGAUAUAAAUAAUGAAUUUAAAUCAAAAGAGUCAAGAGAUUGGUCACAUAGAUACAAAGCAUUGAUACAAUUACAGAGAAUAGUGAAUGGUAGUGGAAUAGAAUUGAAACAGUUUACAGUCUAUCUCAGAUCAAUAUCGACAUCAUUGAUUGAACAAGUGACAGAGGUACGUUCGACUAUUGUCAAAGAAGCAUGUGCAGUGGUAGAGUUGUUGGCACUUCGUCUAAAAGCAAGGUUUGAACCAUUUGCUCUGCUCUAUCUACAGGCGUUGCUCAAGGUUGUAGUUGUCAAGGUGACUAUUACAGCUGAAGCUGCACAUGCUGCCAUCUUGGCCAUACUCAAUAAUGUCCAAACAAAGGGUUUGUUGCAGAGUAUUGUCACUGCUUCGCAAGACCAACACAACGAACAGUUACGUAGACGUUCAGCAGAGUACAUAUUGGUUAUUUUGACACGUGCCAUUGAAGAACCGGGUAUGAUCCUAUUGACAAGUGUUCCAUUGCUCGAACGUGCCGUCACGGCAUUGUUGAUUGAUGGAGGAUCGGAUAUUCGUGCGUUGGCACGUCUUGCAUUUUGGGCAUACUGUGAACUCAACGAAAAGGGUGCAAUGCCCAUGCUCUAUGCAUACACACCCACCACACAAAAGAAUCUAUUUGCCAUGCUCGAUCAACUACCACCCGCCCAAUUUGAAUUGGCUUCUCGUAUACACCAAAUGCAGUUGGAAGAAGCUGAAAACUUGGCCAAAGUAACAGAAAGUAUGGAUGUAGAGUUGGAUAUGACAGAUUUUAAAAAGGGUGAUAAUAAAGUAGUUGUCAAUGGUGCACGUGCUAAAACUCCAACCUCCUCUACGUCGACCACGACCACAGCAUCAGGUCGUGCAUCUGGUUUAAAAAGUAGAGUUACUACAAGUACAACCAGUACAACAACUACAUCUUCAUCAGGAUCAUCAAACGUUUCAGGAAUACCCAGACGAUCUGGGUCUAGUUUAGGUAUGAAUCAAACAUUAUCAUCAAGUGCAGGUCCGAGUACUAGCACAGCUCCAUUGACAGCUGCCAAAAAAUUGGAUGCAUCUUUAAUUGUUAGAAGUAAGAGCAGUUUGGGUACAACUAGAACACCUAUUUCUUCCACUUUAUCAACACCAACAUCGUCACUUUCAAAUUUGUCAAAACCUUUAUCAUCAACCAGUCCAAAUACAUCAACACAAACAGGAAGAGCUAGUAGUAUUGGAAGUAGAUUACCAACAUCGGCGCCAACAGGUACAAAACCAACCCUUUCUCAAACUCUUAAAGCCAAUCAAAUCAAAUCGGCAGCAGUACAAAACCUUACGACUCAAAUUAACAAACCACCUGCCACUCUAACAAAAUCAUCUUCAAAAACUUCAUUAUCAAAUAGUACUGCUGGACCUAGCAAUACUAAUGCUAGUACUAGUACUAGUACUACGAGUACUACAACUUCAACCUCACCUGUUGGUAGAUUAUCAAAAUCAGUUUCAUCUUCAUCUUUACCACAAAGAAAAUCAAUCACUCCUGGUUCUACAACUAGUACCAUCAACAAACCACUCUCCACCCCUACAACAGAAACAUUAUCAACUAAAAAGAAAUUUAUUACUGUUACGUCUGCUGUUGAUGAUGACGACAUUGAUACAACAUCACCACCAAUCAAUGUUGAUGACAAGGAUCAAUCAUUAUUGGAUGAAAAAUGGUUGAGUAGAGAUGUAACUGGGAUCAAUAAUGUCGAAGAUCUUAUGCAAUACAGUAAUACUCUUGUAGAAUCAUUGGCAAACAUUGAAAUGGAAAUUGAUUCAUUAAAUUCAGAAUCAAAUCAAUUCAAUCAAAUAUCAGAUGCUUUGGCAAACAAUAUUCGUGAUGCUAGAAAAGGUAUAGACGAAUUAUCAAUCGAUGAAUUAGACACUAGUCAUGUAAAUAAUAAUAAUAAUAAUAAUAGUAAUAAUAAUAGUAAUGGUAAUAGUAGUAAUGGUAACAGCAGUAACAAUAGCAGUAAUAGAAAUAGUAUAGUAAAAAAAGAAGACGACGAAUUUAAUUGGGUCGAAGAUUCUGUAGACCAAGCUCUCAUUGAAGACGAUGAAAUCGAUUUUGGUGAAAGUUCAUUUAAAAAGAAUAAUCAAUCUUUUAAUAAUAAUAGUAGUAGUAGUUUUAAAUCGAUCAUUUCCAAUUCCAAAUUAACUCCAAUCAAAGAUAACAAAAGAAAUACUUUAAAUCCAGAUGAUUUAUUAUUAUUAGAUGAUGACCUUAAUCAAUCUGACAAUGACGAUUAA